CUUAUUGAUUUAACUUAACAGUUUACAUGGAUAGAGAUUAAUGAAAUUUAAAGAGGAUUUUACUUUAAAAUUGGUAGAAACAUGGAAUAUUUAUCGGCAACAUUCUUUGUUUUGUACGUUUUGGUUGGAACCUUAUUCCUGUCUCGUCAUGUGUUUAGCAUCCGGGCCCCUUGGGUGAGUUCUUGGGAAAGUUAUGUGGCACUAUCAGCGAGUCCAAAAGUCAUUGCCCACCCAUUGAAUGAAUACCCGGCUAAAGUAGACGUUCAGAUUAGAGUAACUGAAGGUGGCAAGCAGCAUAUAUUCUCAGGAUUUGGUUCUUGUCAUCGUGAUGAUGACGACCCUAGUGACUUUGGCGGGAUUGUCUUUAUCUACAACGACAAGGAAGUUCAGCUGUACACUCCUAUUCUGUCGGAUAGCCCUUCAAAGAACAGUAGAGGUGUAUUUGCAUAUACUGGUGGAACUUCAUUCAAUGGGCCCUUCAAUGGUUAUUAUCCCAAUGCUGACGUCAGAGUGAGGUGUUGGAGGAUGUGUGAUUUCCCGCCUGCCAACUUCACGUCUGCUGGAGUACAUACGGUUUCGACAUCAGACACAGGUAUAACCACCAUUCAACACAACAUUGGAUAUUACCCAGAUCUUGUCAUAGUGCAGUUAAAGCUGUCUUCUGGAUAUAUAUCCGAAGCACAAGGUGCUGUGUUUAAAUCCGACGCUUCGGCCAGUUAUAAUGCCCUGUGCGGAGUAAUCAUGGCUUACGAUAGCGAUGAUAUACGGUUAUGGCCAGUAACUGAUGGUGCAGGAAAAGAGGCCGUUUUCUGUGUCUCUGAUGGCUGGGGAACAGACCAGUUCUAUUAUGACGCGACUGUGUACAUACAGGCUUGGAAAUUGGAGUCCACAGAUAUUGUAUUCAGCCAAACUGACACCAGGGGAUCGAGUAUAACUGUACCUAGUACCAUAACAAUGCCUCAGUCCUACAAUAUAGACACCCAUAUAUUUCUUGUCCAGUCACAAGCAAUAGAUGGAAACAAUGCGAACUUUCUGUUUGAAGCGGCCGGUUCGGCGCUCAGCGACGGCACGUCGUUCUUCGGAGAUAUCGGUGCUGUCGUGUAUGCGUACAACUCCAAUGAAGUGAGUCUAUGGUAUCCAGGGUCAGGUGAUUUUAUCAUAUACGUCGGAGGCUCCUGGGGUAAAGGUGACUCUUCACAAAGUUCUUCCACAGCCAGUGUGACUGUGAAGGUCAUCAGAUCGGAUUCAAUACUAUCAGGAUGUGGAUGUUCAGUGUGCACCUCUGACUGGAACUCACUGUCUGUGUCAUGUGGCUGCAGCACUUCAUCAGGAAUAGGUUCGACUUCAGUUCCCGUGUUGUCCUGUCCUGCGCCCACUGACAUUCCAAACUCCAACAAACUCUACGACGGGCAGAUAAAUAAUAGUAUCACCCUGUAUUCAUGCAAGCCAGGCUUCAUACCCAACGACGCAAAGAACGUGAUCACGUGCAAUGGGACUGACUGGGAGGACACAAACUACAUCUGUUCAGCGCCUACUACGUCGUCAUGCACCAGUACGUCCACAGUGAUAUAUAACAUUACAACAGUGGAACAAAAAAUUGUUGAGCUCAAAAGAAACCUAACACUGGACACGAAAAAUACCAGUGCAUACCGAAGGUCUCUGACAUGCGCAGAAGAUUCAAGACCCAGUUCCGCUUAUAUCGGGUACUUGGGGAUCGGACUACUCAGUGUGACAGGGGGCCUGUUUCUGUGUCUUGACUUCUCCAGGCUGCUGGGUACAAAUGAUGACGACGAUAACUACACUCUCUGACAUCGUUAACAUUUCAAAAAUCUAACAUGGCGUCCAUAUUUCUCUCACAUUUACACUUUGUUACAUGCCUGUCCAAACUUUUAUUCUAGGUACUUGCUGAAAUAAGACGAUUUUCGUAAUCACUGAUUUAUGUACAAGUAACACCAUAUAUGAGAACUGUUGACUUUAGUUUCUCUCGGGACAAUGAAUGCGUCUCUAGUAACUACUUGGAGUGUUCUUGAGAGGAAAUCAGACAUGUAAUCGUUCACAAUGACAAACACUCACAUUUGCUUCUGGCUCAGGUGACCUAAUUAGAAUCUGAAGCCUACCACUACACCAGUGGAACAGUGAACGCACGCAAGGUUCACACACAUCCCUUAUUUUCUCUGUGAUAGAGAAAUGGUCGACAAUAACGCCCGUCCGUCGGCCAAAACCCCGACAAAUUAUAGGGAGGAUCGAUAAAUUAUAAAUUGUCUAUCUGUUGUGUCCGUAAAAAUAUAUCAAAAGGCCUUUAUCCAUGAUAGACCAUGUUAAAAAGUAAAAUCUACAAAAUAAAUAGAAAUGACUUCCGAUUUCAUUACAAAACUGUUUUAUGUACGAGUUAGGAGGUCUAUACAUCCCUCGAUGCAAUCUCUACCCAGAGUUAUCGUUCCCGUUGUAGCGCAGCGUAAUACGCCCUCUGGUGAGAGAUUGCCCUCGAUGCCCACCUUGUACCUGAUGAUACAUGUAUUUUAGAUCAAGAGUCUGAUGUUAUUGGUGUUGUAGAAAAUUUAGAGAAAGUAAUUCAGGAUGUCUAAUUAAUUAUGACUGAUUUAUUACUGUCUAAUAUUUCUGAUUACCGGUAAAUUAAAAGCACUACAUUACAUUUCAUCUCCGAUAGGGUGGUGAUUGGUCCUGCGAACCAAAGAGUUUUAAAUGCUAAGCUGUGAACUUUAUGUAUUACAAAAAUUCAACAAUGUGAAUAUAGAUCUUAUAUUUGUUCUCUAUCAACAAAAAUUAGUCUCAGAAUUGUUAGUAAAUACAAUGUAUACAUGCAUUCAACUCAAUAGAACGAAUUUCUCUACCUUGAAUAAACAAAACAAGAGUA